AUGCCUCCGUUUCUGGAUCAUCCUUGGACUUGGACCAUUCUACCGACCCCCAGCACGCCGGUUAUCCCCGUGACGCCUUCAGAGAAAGAGCAUCAUGACGAUAUUAGUUCUCGUGCUCUUCCUCUCGAGAUGAUCCUGAGCCCAAUCGUGCCUGUUGAAUCCCCAUUGUUGCAGCCAUUCAAAUGCAAGGUCUACGAUUCCCCGCCUAGUGUUCCGAAAACCAUCAACAACACCGACCGGUGUGAUGUAGCUGUUGCGAUUCCUUCUGGGCGCGCAGAGAGAGAGCAUGACAUGAUAGAAGGGGCCCAACCCUUGGAAAACCUUCCGACGGACACCAAUGUUGAAGUAGAUCAGAUCAAUCGUCCAGAGAUAGAGGUCUCGACUGUGCUGGAAUAUCCAGAUAACGACGCACCCAGCAAGCCCUGUGUAUCGUUACUGCGACAGUCAUUCUCUUGCGGCUUUUGUGAGGCCGAAUCGACAGUACCUAUUGCGGCCAUGUGCGGCCACGUACUAUGUCAAAGCUGCGUGCUUCGUCAGCUAUCCAACAAAGCGUCUCUUCGAUGCCCGGCUUGCAACGUCACGAUCCUACUGAAGCUGGAUAUGACGGACCAUAAAGCGAUCUCAAACGGAGAGCUACUUAGUCAUAUUGACUCGCAUAUCUAG